CAGUCACAAUGGACCUCAGUCAACUUCCUCUUGUGCUCUUGUUGAUUUCAAACAUCUACUCUAAACAUACCGAAGAUAUUCUCAAACCAACUCUGACUGUUAAGCCACAGAGUUUAUUGUUCACUGGAGACUCUGUGACUCUGAGAUGUGAGGUGGAUCAGUCAUGGGAUCGAUGGGAGUUUCUCUGGAGUAAUGACUCAAACACUGAAUCUACUGAAACUAAAACAAUUGAUUCAGUGAAAGUCUCCGAUGGAGGAGAGUACAAGUGCAGAGCACAAAGAGGAACACAUUACACACAUUACAGUGAACCAGUAACACUGACAAUAUCCGAAAAACCACAACCAAAAGUGAGCAUUAAACCUGAUCAGCAUGUAUUCAGAGGAGAGACAGUCACUCUCAGAUGUGACAUUGAUGCUGAAGGAGUCACUAUCUGGCAGUACAGCUGGUAUAAAGACGGUUCAGACAAUGUUUUCAGUGAACUACAAGAACUCACAUUCAGGUCUGUUACCAAGUCCAACGCUGGUAAAUACUUCUGUUAUGGAGCAGAGAGAGAAGGAUCACGAACAUCACACCGAAGUGAUGAGGUUACACUGGCAGUAUCAGAUAUUGGCACACCAACUCUGACUGUUAAGCCACAGUGUUCAUUGUUCACUGGAGACUCAGUAACUCUGAGAUGUGAGGUGGAUCAGCCAUUGGUCGGCUGGCAGUUUCUUUGGAGUAAAGACUCAAAUCAUGAAUCUACUGAAGCUGAAACUAAAACAAUUGGUUCAUUGAAAGUCUCUGAUAGAGGAGAGUACAGGUGCAGAGCACAAAAAAGAGGAUUUUACACACAUUACAGUGAACGAGUUACACUGACAAUAUACGAAAAGCCAAAAGCCAAAGUGAGCAUUAAUCCUGAUCAGCACGUAUUCAGAGGAGAGACAGUCACUCUCAGAUGUGACAUUGAUGCUGAAGGAGUCACUAUCUGGAAGUACAGCUGGUAUAAAGACGGUUCAGUCAGUGUUUUCAGUGAAGGACAGGAACACACAUUCAGUUCUGUUACUGAGUCUGAUGAGGGUAAAUACUCCUGUCAUGGAGAAGAGAGAGAAGGAUCACGCAGAUCACAGAUCAGUGAUGAAUUUACACUGACAGUAUCAGAUAAAGCCCAGACAGUUUUAAGUGUUUCUCCUCAGAAGUGGUUGACUGAAGGAGAUCCAGUGACUCUGAUCUGUGAGGUUAAAGGCUCCUCUACAGGCUGGACAUUUAGCUGGUUAAUAAUUUCAUCAGACAAGGGUCAUCGUUAUCAUCCGCUCUCAGACAGCAGCAGAGGAGCUGGAGGAAACUACACUGUCAGUUCUGCUGCUCUAAAACACACAGGAGUUUAUGUGUGUAGAGCAGAGAGAGGAAAACCAGCCUAUAGCACAGAUUACAGCAACACACAGUUGAUAUGGGUCUCUGGUGUUUCUCCUCCAGUCUCUCUGAUCAUCAGUCCAAACAGAACUCAACACUUCACAUCGGUCUCUCUCUCUCUGAGCUGUGAGGACCAGAGUAACUCUGAUAGAUGGACAGUGAGAAGAAACACAGAGAGUGGACAUCUAGAAGAUUGUUCAUCAUCAGUGUGGGGAUCACAGACAGGAUCUUCAUGUACAAUCAGAUCCACUAUCGUAUCAGACACUGGAGUGUACUGGUGUCAGUCUGAAUCUGGAGAGAACAGUCAUCCUGUUAAUAUCACUUUACACUCUGGUGUGAUUCUGGAGAGUCCUGUUCAUCCUGUGACUGAAGGAGAUUCUCUGACUCUACGCUGUUUAUAUCAAUAUUCAUCCUCGCCAAACUUCAGAGCUGAUUUCUAUAAAGAAGGAUCACUACAGAAGAGUCAAACUACAGAGAUGAUCAUCUCUGAUGUCUCAAAGUCACAUGAGGGUUUCUACUACUGCAAACACCCAGAGAAAGGAGAGUCACCCAAGAGCUGGAUCUCAGUCAGAGCUUCCUCCAGAACAACAAUAUCUGACGAUUUCAAUCCCAUGAUAAUUGGAGUGACUGUAGGACUGACUGUCUCAUCUUUGAUCAUUGUCUUCAUGAUCCUGCUGUGCUGCUACAGAAAAAACAAAGGUGUAAGAUCUCCCCCUAGAGUCAGUCAACAACAGAAAAUCAGUCAGACAUCAGAGAAGAACCAGAGUGAAGGGAAAUACAACACACUGCUGUCUGGAAAGGCUCAUAUUUAUGACUCUGUUGAUGCCACAAUUAAUAAAGACAUAAGCGCAGAUAGUGUAAGUGGACCUACCGAUGUCACCUAUGCUGAGAUUGAACUCAAAUCUACAGAGAAACAGAAAAAAAAUAAAGAAAACAAAGAGAAACCCAGUGAAGGUUCUGACACGGUUUACUCUAAUCUGAAGCUGGUGUCCCAUCAAGGUGCUGGAUUCAGUGAUGUGACGUAUGCUCAGGUUUAUGUUGGAUCGACCGGGACUUAAUAUUAAUGAUGCACUGCUUCUUGUGCUUUUGUAGCUAUGCAUGCUAAUAUUUACAAGCAAUGAUCUGAUUAUACACUGGAUAAAAACAGGAAAGGUAUCUUUUACUGCUGCACAGAAUUUACUUAUAUUGGUUGAUUCCAGCAGUAGCUUAUCAUUUGACUGAGGGUGACUAUUAUACAGAAUAUUAUAAACAGCAUAGAACUUUUUUCCUGAAUAUUAAUUAAGCGACCAAGUUUCACUUUUAUUUCACAUUUUUCUUAAAGGCAAUUUUUUAAAUAUUCAUGUCUGGAAAUGUUGUCUUAAAAGUAAAUGUACAUAAUGAAUAUAUGUUUUUAUAGGUAUGUUCAAUUAGUGAAAUUAUUUGUAAAACUUAUUAUUUAAUUAAUUUUCAUGGCUUUCAAGAGAUGAAAAUGUAUUAAUUACAAAGUCAUGAUUCUGUAGCUUGUUUGUUAGUCUUAGUAUGUAUUUUUUUCGGAAUACAUUUCUAAACUUUGUGGACUUUUACAUCAUUACUUGGGAAACUAAGAUUAAGCACACAGCCUAUUUUUAUACUGUUGUGAAAGUUUUAGUUUCCCUUUUGUUCUAUUUCUAACAUGAUUUUCAUGGUUAUGGAAAAAUUAUGGAAAUGGGUAAAGAAUUUGCUUAUAUAUAUAUAGUGAAUGUUAACAUUUUCAUGCUAUUUAAGCUUUAAAAUAUUUAAUUGUUUAUAAAUAUCUUUCAUUUUUAAAACUGUUUAUCCAGUAGCAACAAACAAACAAAAAAUUCUUUAAAAAUGUAAAUAAUCGUUCACAAUUAUGAUCAUAAACUGUUGUUUGGCUGUAAUAUACUUUGUUUUUUAUUACAAUAAA